AUGGCGGCGGUUAGAUCUGAGGCCUUCGGCCUGAAGAGGCUGUGCCUGGGUGCCUUUGCAGCUCUGUGCCUGGCAGGCACCAACUCUGUGCAUGCAGAGAACCCUACCGAGGCCAUCCCGAACCCCUGGGGCGAUUCGCUUCAGAAGUAUAAUAUACCUUUUUCACAUGGCAGCGGGGUGUACGUGGACCUCGGCAAUGAGAAGACGGUUGGGAAGCGGCGGUACCGCGAGCCAGCAGGCAUGUGCCCAGUAAUGGGGAAGGUGAUAACUCUGCAGCAGCCAACCACAGACUCUUCUGUAUGGCCUCGCGAUUAUUUAUCUCGUGUCCCUAAAAAGGGCUCUGCACAAGAUGUUCAGCCUUUAGGAGGGGGCUUCGGUAUGUGGGAGACGACUCCAGUGAAGAUUAGUCCCCUGACGCUGGAGGAACUCAAGCAAAUGGCAGAAAAACAAAACAAUAAAAACAGUCCCACCUCCCCAGCAACACAAAAGCUGCUCAAAGUACAAGAUGAUCACGGUCUCUGUGCAUGGUGGGCUUGGGCCUCCUACGCACAAAACAGCAGCUCCAACUUAGAUGAUAAAUACAGAUACCCUUUUGUAUGGGAUGCUGAGAAGAAGAUUUGUACGCUGUUGGGGGUCUCCAUGCAACUGUUGGAAGGGGCAGGGAAGUACUGCACGGCAGGCGAUGACUCACCUACAUUGACGUGGUAUUGUUUCUAUCCAGAGAAAACCACCAAGAACAUCUCCUACAACUCUCCUUACAUUCGCUUAGACCAUAGUACUGCGUGCCCCGAAAGGCCACUAAAAGGGGUCCACUUUGGGGUUUGGAAUGGCACAACUUGUGCGCGUAUGGCCCCCAGGAAGCGGAUAGAAGUGAAGUCCCCUGAAGACUGCGGCCGCGCUGUCUUUAACGCUUCUUCCUCCGACGCACCCACACGCUACACUCAAGCCCCCAACACUCAGAACGCUAGUGAAGCAGCAUCUGGUAUGGUGGCUACAAUGUGGCCUGUGGGAGCCUUUGGAGAAGACCAACCGGACUCAAAAGGCGUCGGAAUCAACUAUGCAAACUGGCAUUCAGACGGCACAUGCGAGAUGUAUGACACCGUCCCCACAUGUGUUACACCCGCAGCCGCGCAGCUCGCCUUCACCUCCCUGGGAUCGAUCAAUCCCAAAGAUGCCGAACUCCCCCCAUGCAACAGCGCUUCAGAAGGAUGGAAACUCUAUGGCUUCUGCGAAUGCGGAGAAGGCCACGCAGACCCCUGGGUGUGCGAAAACGGUGUUUGGGUUGGCGGCAGCGACGAGUGCGACUGUACCAACAUUCUUCCUUUGGCCUUGGGUCUCAGCAUCGGUAUUCUGGUCCCCGUGGCGUUGGUUGCCGGAUAUUUCAUCUACAGAAGGCGGCAACAGAACCACUCAGGGAGGCCCGCAGAGAAGAAGAGACUCCUCAGCGAAGAUAAGGGGACAGAUGAGGAGUUCUCCCGAGUCGCCCAACGAAGAAAUCACAAACCCAGCGACUUAGCACAGGAAGCAGAACCAUCUUUCUGGGGAGAGACGCAGCAAGACCAAACAAAUGUCAUGAUAGACGACAAUGCACACGAGGCCUACUACUGA